AUGUCUUCUGCCUACGACCAAUUCCGCUCCAAUGAGCUCGACCCUGUCCUCUGUCUGGAGCCACUCGGAGUUAAUGAGUCCAACAAGUUUGAUCCCGUGAAGCUUGCAGGCGUCCUUGGUUCAUUUGGAGACUUUAAGGAUACUAAAUACCGGCUGAAAAUUAGAAGGGAUCAGGUAGUCAUGAUUCAAGCAGUCAGGUUCCUCCUGGAGCAAUUAGCAGCUGAAUCGACUCUGGGGAAACAUGAGCAAUGUGAUAAGAGGUAUAGACAGACAACUAAGAGACAGAAGAAGGCGAAAGAUACCAUCUAUGAGACUAUCCCUUCCACACCUACUAUGCAGGCAGCAACUCAGAAAGGUACAACAGUGAGGGAUCCUACUGUUGAGCCUGUUCCCCAAGACACAGAUGUGGAGGCUGCCCUUGUGCUACAAGAACUCGCCACAAAACAGGUGGGACACAGCCUUAGUCGUGUUAAAGACAAUGUUUCCAGUCUUAAAAACUCCCUCACUGAGAGUAAUGGCAAGCACUGGAGUUUUGAUGCUGAUUUGCAUGGUACAGUGCUUAAAGACGUCAUAAUGAGUGUCUGGGGAACUGUUGCAUGCAAAUUGUGGUAUGGAAAAUUUGAGGGAGAAACUGGCCGAAUUUGCUACAUAUCUGGACCUGUAUACGAACCCUAUGCAUACAUCAAGUUGGUUACGUCCAAGGAUAAGAACGACAUUGAACAGCCUUAUUCUGACAGCACGGACUCAAAUGCCAUGAGGAUAAACAUACCAGCACGUUACCUGGUCCCCGUUCUACCCGAGAAACCAGGUGAUCACGUUGUCGUCAUCCGCGACGAAGACGACGGUCCGGCACUUAAGGGACAACGUUGGAAGGUACGCGCGUUCGUUAAGGACCAUAUGAGCCGGUACGAACUAAGUGACGGCUGUGAGAAUAACAUUGAGGCGAAAAAUACAAUGGCUAUUGCUGAAGUCGAGAGCGAACUCGGUCGCUUGCGUAUCCCGCGCGCAAAUCUUGCAAAAUGCCUCCCUUCAGAUGACUGA